UCUGCGGCCGCUUCAGCGCGUUUCCGCUUCCGCCGCCGCCGCGGCUGCCUCGUUGAUCCCUGAGUGGCGGCGUCUUCGUCUACCUCUCUGCACUAUGUCCGGCGGCCUUCUGAAGGCGCUGCGCAGCGACUCCUACGUGGAGCUGAGCCAGUACCGGGACCAGCACUUCCGGGGUGACAAUGAAGAACAGGAAAAAUUACUGAAGAAGAGCUGUACGUUGUAUGUUGGAAAUCUUUCCUUUUACACAACUGAAGAACAAAUCUAUGAACUUUUCAGUAAAAGUGGCGACAUAAAGAAAAUCAUUAUGGGCCUGGAUAAGAUGAAGAAGACAGCAUGUGGGUUCUGCUUUGUGGAAUACUAUUCAAGAGCAGAUGCAGAAAAUGCCAUGAGGUACAUAAAUGGAACUCGUCUGGAUGACCGGAUCAUUCGCACAGACUGGGACGCAGGCUUUAAGGAGGGCAGACAGUAUGGCCGUGGGCGAUCUGGGGGCCAGGUACGAGAUGAGUAUCGUCAGGACUAUGACGCUGGGAGAGGAGGCUAUGGAAAACUGGCCCAAAACCAGUGAGUGGUGAGAGCCCCAUCGUGAAAACUCAGUCCUUUGGCUGUUCAAUUUGCCAUUCAUUACCCAAGGUCUACAAACCUGUCCACUUGUACCAUGCUUUGAUCAAGGUCUCUUCUGAGCUGGAAGCCUUUUCCUGGUUUUCCUUUGAAAACUAUUAAAGGACAGAAUCCAAAAGAAUGCCUUUAAAUCUGUAGUCUUACAAUCUUGGCCAUGUGUCAGGUUACCAGGUCAGAAUUUGUGUUCCAUGGCAACAGAUUCGAUCUAUGAUGUUGAUCUGUCAGCCCCAAACACCACACUUCUUUUAGGAAGAUGGAAAAAUUUUUAAAUGGAUAGUACGAUCACAGUCUACAUUGGGGCCUGGAAUUAUUAAAAAUUGGGUUUGCAGGAGAUAAAAUGUAAUAAAUGGGGCUUUGCUAUGUUGUACAGCUUUGUUCUGUUUAGAAGUCUGACAACUACAUUUGUUUCUGGGUUGAGUUCUAAUCUCUAAAGGCAAAUUUAGGAGUGAGGGCAACUUCCUAAAUUGUUGGAGCAAAAGUAAGCCUUAGACUGUAAGCCAGGGGAUACCACCAGCUUAUAUGCUAUAUGUAUUAAGACUUGAGUAUUUAUUAUUUUAUACAUUUUUCAAAAGAUGUGUUUUACUUAGAGCUACAGAAGGGUUUAUGCAUCAGACUGAUUUGUUUUCAGAAUGAUGUUAGGAAUGGACUGGGUUUAAAAAGGGCUUGAAGAUCAAGAGAACACAAAACAAGAACAAUCAGAAUUGCUUCCCUCAGGAAAUGUGUUUUGGCUAAUUCUCAUAUUGAAGUCUGUCUUGUUUUUUCCUUAAUUGUGCUUAGAGAAGGGAGUCUACAAAAUUUAUUUUGUAUUCAUAAGGCAUAAGUUGAUUUCUCUAAUAUAACUGUUAGUCUAAUAUAAUUUUCCCUGACAUAUAAGUGAAAUUUUCUCAUCUAUCAACAAAGUAUCUCCUAACUUCUAAGGUUUGUGAGAGUUGGAGAUGAAGUACCUUAAUAGGAACAUCUUUCACAUUAAAGUAUAGGUUCUCUCAUUAAGUUCAAGUUGAUUACUUGGAUUAAGAGCUAUGACUAGCUGUAAGUGCAUAAUUUGCAGAUGUUUAAUGAAGACAUAACACUCUUCAUUUAAAAUAUUUUACGCUGUACUUUGAAUUAAUGUAUUUUAUAAUGUUGUAGUAAAACGUAACUCAGAUUUCCACA